AAAGGAGAUGACUGACCACACAGCAACUUGGAACAUGUGACAAAAGAUUUUGGAAAAAUAAAACCUGGUUCCAAAUGAUAAAGGUCCACAGAAGCAAAUCAACCGCCUGGCUUUCAAAUUAAUUGGAGUUUUGAAACAUGCUCUGGAACAUUUUUCUGAUAUUUACAGAGGGCUUGGUCUCUGCUGUCCAGAACCAGUGCCAAUAAGUUUAUUCAAAGCAUCCCUUAUUGGGGGAAAACGGGACUCAGGGCAAGCAUGUGGCCCCCAGAUCUUGGGCCCCCAGACACCCAGCUAACAAGAACUGGUUUCGGCAGUGUUAUCGAGGACGCUGAGGACCCUCAGCCGCCGUUGUCCUCUGACGACCUCUGCCAUCCUUCAACAGGUAUCCCCUCCGGGGGCCUGGGCGUGUGCUGCCUUCCGAGGACUUCUCUGUCUCUCACCUCGCUCGGGCUGGACCUCACCACCCUCCUCUGUCCCUCCUAUAAGACCAAUGGAUCUCACGUAAAUAAGACAUUGGAGGACUUUGCAGCACACAUAGACCCCAAACACAACACCCAUGGGCUCAAUACCUACCCCCAGCUUUCUCCUGCUACCACCUCUUCUGCUUCUCCCUCUCACUGCUCGGCCUCCCCUGUGCUCCUCUCCACCUCCUCCUCUUCAUCAUCUACAUUCUUCGCCUCAGCCUCGCCUCGCAGUGGCGCCCCCGGGUUCCAGAUAUCCCUCGGCAAGACUUUCCAGCAGCAGCAGAAGCUCCUGAAAGAUUACCCAUCUAUUAAACAGGAGCCAGCGGAGAAACUCCGUCCCUGCAAGCAGGAGCCCCUUCACUUUAACAGCCAACAAAGGCAGUUCCUCCACCUGAGCCCGCCUCUGCAGGAGGACCGGGGCCACCUGGGUCAGGACUGCACCCGGUCGCCCCUUUGCUCCCCGAAGCUUCCCGGACCGCCAGGAGAGGAUGACGCCGGGGACCAACAGGGUCAGCCCUGUCGCUGGAUAAACUGCUCCGCUAUGUAUGGCCACCAGGAAGAGCUGGUCAGGCACAUCGAGAAGGCUCACAUCGACCAGCGCAAAGGGGAGGAGUUUGCCUGCUUCUGGGCGGGCUGCGUGCGGCGCCACAAGCCCUUCAACGCCCGCUACAAGCUGCUGAUCCACAUGAGGGUCCAUUCCGGAGAAAAGCCCAAUAAGUGCAUGUUUGAAGGCUGUUCCAAGCCUUCUCGCGUCUGGAGAACCUCAAGAUUCACCUGAGGAGCCACACGCGAGAGAAGCCAUACAUAUGCCAGCACCCCCCGGCUGUCUCAAAGCCUUCAGCAACUCCAGCGACCGAGCAAGCACCAACGGACC